AUGGCACAACCAGCUUCACUAUUGGAGGAGACAGUUCCUGCACUGCCACCACAGUUGGCCACUGGCAGGGGAGAACUGCAGAUUCAGACGUCAGCACAGGAUGAUGAAGCGGCUGAAUUUGAACUACGCCCCGAAGACGAAGUGUUGACUCUUAGUGCUCUGCACCAGUAUACCGAGAGCCAACAGCACCAGCAAGACCCCAAUGAAAACCAAGUGACACCGGAACCAUCCUCUCAACCAUUGAUGCCACAACCGUCUUCACUAGCACUGCAGAUUCAAUCGCAGGAGCAAGGAGUGCCGGCUUCCAAUCAAGAGAUGUUUGCCGAAGAAGACAAUGGUGCCCAUCGGGAUGAACAACAACCAUUGGACCCAUCAAUGGCUCCAGCAACCACUCCCAUCGGCAGUCCGUCAAGGAACAAAAAGAGCAGCAAUGCAGAAGAAUUGGAUGUGCUAUCAUUGCUGUCUCUCUAUUGGUUCUUGGGACUGGUAUUGGGGCGGGUCUUUCCACAAGGAAGAGUGAAAUAA